AUGGGCGCCUCAUCCUCCAAGCCCGCGAGAUCCGCCGCCCAGGCUGUCUCGCGGCGCCAAUACCCAAAACAACCCGUUUCUCCUCCGACCUCCUCCCCAGCACAACCACCACCAGCAUCUAAAACCACAAGACAGCAACGACAACAACCACAGUCACAACCACAACCACCGCGACAACCGUCGCGAGCACCUCCCACAGGACCAACCUACCACUCCAAAGAACCUCCCUCCCUCGAGCGCUCAUCAGCAAUCGACCUCGACGGCCGCGACCCCGACUUCGCCGCACAACUUCGCACCAUUGGCCCCGUGACUCCUAACCCGACCUUCUCCCACACUAGCACCUUUGCGCGCCAACAACCCGCGCCUACCGUCUUCCCGCCCGCAUCUAACCCGGCGUUACUGGUUUUCUCGGCGCGGCAGCGCCUCACCAAGGCCGCGGAGCAGGAGUUCGAGGCGAUGGGGAGAUCCGGGUUUCAGGGCAGGGAGUUUGUUGAUGCGUUUACCAUUCGGCAGGUCUUGUCGAUGAGGGAUAGGCAGGGAUUGUCGGCGGAGGAGAUUGAGAGGCUAUUGAGGUUGAAGAGUGGUGUUGUGGGGAGGUUGGGGGAUAGGGGGGUGGUUGGAGAUAUUGGUUGA